CAUCGUCAUCAACUACUACUUCUACUGAAGAGAAUAAGAAGAAGAAGAAGAGAAGAAUGUCGCAUCUCAGAAAGGCCUGGCGACGCAGGUUUGAGGAUUUGGAUGUGGACGAUGACCAAGUCGGCGAGGACGAGGUCGUGUACCUGGACGAGCAGCAACAGGAAGAACUCAUAACCUCCCUCAGAACUGAGAACGAGACAAUCAACUACAGAUACAAGAUCGCAUUCACAACCAUCACCCUCCUCCAAACCCCCAUCUUCGUCCUCCACCCGGCCCUCGUCUACAUGGGCGCCCCCCGCGGCCACCUUCUCACCGUCCUCACGCUCUCCUCCCUCCUCGCGACCGCCUACACAAUCCACACCACCCCAGUCUCGACCUCCUCCCUCUCGGCCGCGAUCGCAACCGACGCCCUCCAGCGCGAAGCCCUCGACGGUCUCGCAUGGCACGAACGCGUGCUCCGCCGCGAGAACUGGACGAACGCGCAGCUCAUUAUCGCACUCAAUUUUAUGCUAUCCGCGGUUAUUGCGCUGUCGGCGGUUGUGCAGUUUAAUCCGCUGAUGGGGAUUGAUUAUCUCUGGUUCUGUCCGCUCGGGAGUUUGCUUGCGGUCUUGCUCGUGCGCGGAUGGAUGCGGGAGGGAGAUGUUGACAGUCUUGAGCAGUUUAGGUAUAAAUACAAGGGCGCGUGAGGAUUAUAUAGAUGAUGUAUAUAUGAAUGCGGUGUAGGAUUAUAUGAAUAUGGAACAACAAAAGACAAAAAGAACUGCAAGACCUACUGAUAGAAAAAAACCAGUUCUAGAGACAAAAACUGAGGUGGCAUUAGUUACAUUAAAACAUUGCGCACAGCCAAAUAUACAAGUGCCAAAAAGACAAGAUCAAGACCAGCUCCAAACAGACAGCCAGACAAAGAAUAGACAAACUAUACCGCAAAAGCAUUCUCACCCAUGCGAAGAGAGAUUAUACUCCGCACGUCAGUGACAUAGCGCAUUCCGUUCAGAAAAGGAAUCAGAUGCAACAAGUCCAAGUCCGAGGGA